AUGCCGCAGCGGCACUCGAAGAACAACAACGACCUCGCCUUCUUCACGUACGAGGAGAAGCGGAAGCUCGGAUACGGCACGCAGCGGGAGCGUCUGGGAAAGGACUCCAUCAAGCCCUUCGACGCCUGCUGCCUCUGCCUCAAGCCGCUCAUCGACCCGCUCUGCUGCCCCAAGGGCCACACCUUCUGUAAGGAGUGCAUCCUCGAGUGCCUCCUCGCCCAGAAGAAGGACAUCAAGCGCAAGCUAGCAGCUCACGAGGCCCAGAAAAAGCAAGAGAAGGAAGAGGAGGAGGAGAAACUAAUUCUGCAGAAGGCUAAGGAGUUGGAUGCUUUUGAUCAGCAGAAUCAUGGGGCUGUUCCCCAGUACCAUGAUCGCAGUGGUUCCCAAGACAAGAAUGGGUUUCAUGGAGCAAACAGUGUGAAGGUCACUUCUUUUGAAGAGGAAGCCCUCCGCAACAUGAAGGCAUUUUGGCUCCCUUCAGCUACUCCUGAAGCUACAGUCAAGGUAGAUGCACCCUCCACCGACACUGUCUGCCCUGAGGGGCAGGAGAAGCUCAAGUUGAAAUCGCUCUUCCCUAUCUCAUUCACGGAGGAAAAUGCUGAUCAGAAGAGCAAGAAGGCGGUGGAAAAGAGCUACAUGUGCCCUAGUUGCAAGUCCACUCUCACAAAUACCAUGUCCCUUGUGGCGGUCAGCACCUGUGGCCACGUCUUCUGCAAGAAGUGCUCUGACAAGUUUCUAGUAAAGGAUAAAGCUUGCUUAGAGUGCAGUAAACCAUUCAAGGAGAGGAAUCUGGUUCCAUUGGAGAAAGGAGGAACUGGGUUUGCCGCACAUGAUGAACGCUUGGAGGCAAGGGAUUUCAAGCAUUUGGGUGAAAUGGCAAGCCUGCAGAAUCUGAUUUGCUCCGUAUCCAAACAAGUAUGUGCUCAAGCCCCUUCUCACUGUUUUCUGGAAUUUACUUAUUUCCCUGCAGUUCUGAGGAGUAACAGCUUGAACCCGGGUGCUGAUUUUCAGUUGGUUGUGCCAAAUUGUGCGGUGACUGCCAAACUGAAUGGGAAUCCUCCCUCAGUUGUGGCGGCAAGCUCGAAAGAAGGAUCUCUGAAUGACAGUAAGGUCACGAAAAGGCGAUUAGCUUUGUUUGGUGCUGGAGCGUUAGCCACUGGCCUACUGAAGACAAGCUCUGCAUUUGCUGAAGAAGUACCGAAGAAUUAUAAAUCUUAUGUGGAUGCAAAAGAUGGAUACUCAUAUCUUUAUCCAUCUGAAUGGAGGGAUUUCGACUUCUUGGGUCAUGAUUCAGCAUUCAAAGAUAAAAAUUUUGCCCUUCAGUGUGUUCGUGUGGGAUUUAUUCCUACUGAGAAAACAGAUAUCCGCGACCUAGGACCAAUGGAUGAGGCCAUCUUCAAUCUGGUAAACAACGUUUAUGCUGCCCCGAAUCAAAUACCGUCGGUCUAUGACAUGCAAGAGCGUACUGUUGACGGCAAGAACUACUGGACGUUUGAGUACGAUCUGGAGGCUCCGGGCUACGGUGUUUCUGCGUUUGCAACGGUCGCCAUUGGAAACGGUCGAUACUACACGCUGAUCGUGACCGCGAACGAACGCCGGUGGAGCAGACUGCGGAACAGGCUCAAAGUCGUCGCGGAUUCUUUCAAGAUCUCGGAUCUGACAGCGUGA